CCAACGGAUGCCAUAGAAAAGAUUCGUCAGCUCUACAGAACACGUGAACAACGCCUCUUACCCGUCCCUUGGUUAGAAGAUUCUAGCUUUAAUAUAAAUGAUAUUUUUACGGGAUUAAAGAUCGUGGGAAAAGAAAAAACCAGAGGAGUACGUACUCAUGAUAUAACCAAUAUGACUGCAAUCUUUGAAGCGCGCUACGACUGCCGAAGGCCGAGAACAGUCUUGAUCGAAGGAGGUCCUGGUAUGGGAAAAACCACGUACUGUCAAAAGCUGGCGUAUGAUUGGGCCACUAAGCAGGACAAAUGGGACCCGUCUUUUCCAGAGAUUGAAGUGCUACUGCUUCUCAAAUGUCACGAAAUGAAGUCUGACAUCUGGGAAGCUAAUGAUGAUCAAGUUCUCCCCGAGGAAAUGGACACUCAAGCUAAGGAAUGCUUCUUUAAAUUCAUUCGUGAAAAUCAGUCCAAAGUUCUAUUAGUGCUGGAUGGACUAGACGAAGCGGAUCCUAGAAACCUCAAAAUGUUUUAUAACCUUGUUGAAGGUAAAGAACUCUCCAGUUGUUACAUUGUUCUCACGUCUCUUCAUGAGGCUGGAAGGAAUGCAAGGCGGUACUGUGACACUCUUUGGGAGAUUGUAGGAUUUACGCGGGAGGAUGCAGAAAGCUUUAUUCAUAAAUACUUUAAAAACGUCAACAAAGAGCAUUUGGCCAGGAAGCUUAUAGAAAUGGUAUGGGCUGACCCCUGGUUAAUUGAGUCUGGAAAACCUAAAGAUCUGAGCGAUUUGACAACAAAUCCGUUAAACACUGCUUUACUUUGUGUUAUCUGGGAGGAUUUAAAGGGCGUGUUUCCAACGAGCAGGACUGAAUUGUACAUUGAGAUUGUUCUUAUUGUUUUGGAAAGAUAUGAGCAAAAGCAAGGAAUAUCCAGCGAGGAAAAAGACCUCUUGUCCGUCUACAGUAAAGACUUGUUAUAUCUCGGUAGAAUGGCGUUGGAGUCUCUUCAAAAUGGAGAGUUGUGUUUUGAAGAACAUAAAUCAGACGGUCGCUGUAUCGUCUUAUCCAAGAUGGGAUUCCUUUCACUUCAGCCUGCUGGCAGUAAGAGGAGAGUUCUUGCGCGUUACGCGUUUCCUCAUAAGAGCUUUCAAGAAUUCUUUUCUGGUUUCUUUCUUGCUUGCAAACUUAUUGAAGGAAAAAUGAGCUGCGAGUCAGUAGUGACUGAUCAAAGAUAUGAGAGUGAACUAUAUCAAGUAUUUGUAUUCUUGAUAGGAAUAUUAGUGUCAAAAAGUAAGAAAACGGCAGAAUCUCUCGUUAAAAGCGUGGCUGCAAAUAUCAAUUUCACAAGUCUUAAGUUAGACACAGACACAGCUAAUGUCGUUUCAAAACGUGUAUUAUUUGCUGUAAGUAGUCUAUCUGAGAACGCAAGUUUACUUCAAACCUUAUGGGAGCACCUUAACUUUACUCAGUUAAAGUUGAGGGAGAGCCAGAUUAACGAUUCUGGUGCUGCGUCUCUUUCCCAGUUUCUUGCAGUCAACUCCUCCUUAACUAAUUUGGAUUUGAGUAAAAACUCCAUUGAUGACUCUGGUGCUGCAUCUCUUUCCCAGGCUCUUGCAGUCAACUCCUCCUUAACUGAGCUUGAUUUGAGUGUUAACCAUAUUGGUGAGUCUGGUGCUGCAUCUCUUUCCCAGGCUCUUGCAGUCAACUCCUCCUUAACUAAGCUUGAUUUGAGUUAUAACAGUAUUGGUAAGUCUGGUGCUGCAUCUCUUUCCCAGGCUCUUGCAGUCAACUCCUCCUUAACUAAUCUGAAUUUGGAUUUAAGCAGCGUUGGUGAGUCUGGUGCUGCAUCUCUUUCCCAGGCUCUUGCAGUCAACUCCUCCUUAACUAAUUUGAGUUUGAGAAGCAACUCGAUUAAAUGUCCUGGUGCUGCAUCUCUUUCCCAGGCUCUUGCAGUCAACUCCUCCUUAACUAAUUUGAGUUUGAGAAGCAACUCGAUUAAAUGUCCUGGUGCCGCAUCUCUUUCCCAGGCUCUUGCAGUCAACUCCUCCUUAACUAAGCUGAAUUUGAGAUGGAACAAUAUUGGUUAUUCUGGUGCUGCAUCUCUUUCCCAGGCUCUUGCAGUCAACUCCACCUUAAGUAAGCUGGAUUUGAGUCGAAACGACAUUGGUGAUUCUGGCGCUGCAUCUCUUUCCCUGGCUCUGGCAGUCAACUCCUUCUUAGCUAAGUUGAAUUUGAGUAACGACUCGAUUGGAUGUCCUGGUGCUGCAUCUCUUUCCCAGGGUCUUGCGGUCAACUCCUCCUUAACUAAGCUUGCUUUGAGUUGGAAUCUUGCAGUCAACUCCUCCUUAACUAAGCUGGAUUUGGGUUGGAACAGUAUUGGUGAUUCUGGUGCUACACCUCUAUCCCAGGCUCUUGCAGUCAACUCCUCCUUAACUAAGCUGGAUUUGAGUGGGAACCGCAUUGGUGAUUCUGGUGUUGCAUCUCUUUUCCAGGCUCUUGCAGUCAACUCCUCCUUGACUAAGCUGCAUUUGAGAGCGAACAGCAUCGGUUAUUCUGGUGCAGCAUCACUUUCCCAGGCUCUUGCAGUCAACUCCUCCUUGACUAAGCUGAAUUUGAGAGUGAACAGCAUUGGUGAUGCUGGUGCUGCAUCUGUUUCCCAGGCUCUUGCAGUCAACUCCUCCUUAACUACUUUGGUUUUGAGUUCGACCGGCAUUGGUGAUUCUGGUGCUGCAUCUCUUUCUAAGGCUCUUGCAGUCAACUCCUCCUUAAUUAAGCUGGAUUUGAGUGGGAACCGCAUUGGUGAUUCUGGUGCUGCAUCUCUUUCCCAGGCUCUCGCAGUCAACUACUCCUUAACUAAGCUGGAUUUGAGUGAGAACAGUAUUGGUGAUUCUGGUGCUGCUGAAUUGCCCAAUGUCUGCAAGGUAAAUACAACUGCUGAACUAUGUUUUGAUUGA